CUGAAGGAGACUCCUGACAGAACGGGAAGCACUGAAGUCCAGAAGAUGGAGGGAGCAGCAUCCGGCCGCCUGUCUCCGAAAGGGGACCCAUCCCAACCUGCCUCCCUCCGAGGACCACCACACCCAGAACUAAGAGCAAAGUAUCCAGAACCCGACUGUCUGUCUGUGAAGAGUCACCGGUCCAAAAAUGAGCCCCCAGACCUCCAAGAUGGACCUGGACCUUCAGACACAGAACCAAGAGAAGAGUAUCCAGAACCCGACUACCUCCGAGAUGGACCUGGACCCUCAGACACAGAAGGGGGGAGGAGUGGAUUCUGUGAGGAGCAGCUGUCCAGCUGUGCUCUGUGUCGGGGCGUCCUGAAGGACCCGGUUUCUUUCAGCCCUGGUCACUGGUUCUGCAGGCACUGCAGCUCUUCAUACUGGGACCAGGCUGGUUCACCAGGAGACCCCCUCCAUCCCCAGUGUGGAGAAAGGACCAGAGCAGGACCUCAGACGGACAGUCAAAGCAGAGCUGCAGCAGACGCUGGCCUCCAGCAGCUAUUGGAGGAGCACCAGAUCAGCCUGAGGAGCAGAUGUGAGCGGGUGACAGAAGGAACAGAUGCAACAGGAAGUGGAACCCUCCUGAACCAGAUCUACACAGAGCUCUACAUCACCGAGGGCCCCAGUGGGGAGGUCCAGACCCAGCAUGAGGUCAGACAGCUGGAGGCCUCCAGGAGCCUCCAGGACGCUCCAAUCAGGUGCCACGACAUCUUUAGAGCCUCAGCGGAGCAGCCUGGAGCCAUCAGGGUGGUCCUGACCAGCGGCGUGGCCGGCGUGGGGAAAACCUUCUCGGUGCUGAAGUUCACUCUGGACUGGGCCCAGGGCCUGGAGAACCAGGACGUGGGGCUGGUGGCCCUGCUGUCGUUCAGGGAGCUGAACCUGCUCAGAGGGGGGCGGCUCAGCCUGCUGGGGCUGCUGGAAGCUUUCCAUCCAACAUUACAGGCGCUGGGGGCCGAGCAGCUGGCGGCCUGCAGACUUGUGCUCAUCUUCGAUGGCCUGGACGAGAGCCGGCUGGACCUGGACUUCAGCAGCAGCCCGGUCCUGACCGAUCCCACCCAAAGCUCACCACUCAGCUGGCUGCUCGCCAGCCUCAUCAGGGGGGACCUGCUGCCCUCGGCUCUGGUCUGGAUCACCUCCCGCCCGGCGGCCGCCAACCGGGUCCCGCCGGCGUGCGUGGAUCGGCUGACGGAGGUCCGAGGAUUCAGCGACCCCCAGAAGGAGGAGUACUUCAGCAGGAGGUUCAGGGACCAGGAGCUGAGCAGCAAGAUGGUGUCCCACAUCCGGAGCUCCAGGAGCCUCCACACCAUGUGCGCCGUCCCCGUCUUCUGCUGGAUCUCUGCCUCCGUCCUGGAGCAUCUGCUGGGCAGCCAGCAGACGGAGGAGCUGCCCAGCACCAUGACCCAGCUGUACGCCCACUUCCUGCUGGUCCAGACCCACAGGAAGAGGAACAAGUACCCUGAGGCCCAGCAGGCGGGUCCAGGGCAGCUGGCCCCGGCUGACAGAGACCUCCUGCUCAGGCUGGGGAGGCUGGCCUUCCAGCACCUGGAGACAGGGAGCAUCAUGUUCUACCAGGAGGACCUGGAGCGGUGCGGGCUGGAGGAGUUCCUGGCCGCUCUCUACCUGCUGCACUGCUACAGCCAGAGGGACUUGGAGGGGCUCAGACGUUUCCUGGGAGACGACUACAGUUAUUCAUCUCUGGAUGACUUCCUGAAGAGGGCCAUGGUGAAAUCCUGUGAGAGUCCCAACGGCCACCUGGACCUGUUGAUGUCUGAUGAGGUUCUGGACGAGUUGGACCUGGAACAUUACAACACAACAAAGGAGGGAAAACACAGACUGAUUCCAGCUGUGAGGAACUGCAAGAAGGCUCGACUUGCUGGAUGUGAACUCUCAGAACAUCACUGUGAAGUUGUGGCCUCCGCUUUAAAGUCCAAUCCCUCCCACCUGAUAGACCUGGACCUGAGUCAGAACGUUUUAGAGGACUCAGGAGUUGAACACGUGUCCGCUGGCCUGGAAAAUCCAAACUGCAAACUGGAGAUCUUAAGAAUGAGGGGCUGCAGGAUGUUCAACCCCUCCCUUCUGAAAAAUCUGGACCUGACUGGGAACACCAUCUCUGACUGUGUGAUGAAGGAGCUGAGCAGCUUUCUGCAGAGUCCACUCUGUGGACUGAAGGCUCUGAAAAUGGAAUACUGCGAUUUGUCAGAGGUCAGCUGUGCCUGUCUGGCCCCAGCUCUGAAGUCCAAACCCUCCCAUCUGACAGAACUGGACCUGAGUUGGAACCACCUGACGGACGCAGGGGUGAAGGAGCUGAGCAGCUUUCUGCAGAGUCCACUCUGUGGACUGGAGACUCUGAGAUUGAAGAGCUGCAGUUUGUCAGAGGUCAGCUGUGCGGCUCUGGCCUCAGCUCUGAGGUCCAACCCCUCCCAUCUGACUGAACUGGACCUGACCUGGAACGACCUGAAGCAGUCAGAUGUUCAGCAGCUGUUGGAUCUCAAGCAGAAUCCCCACUACAAACUGAAGACUCUGAGGUGGAAGUGGUGA